AAAUUCAUUUGACAUUUAGUUUUGCGCAAAACAAAUCAAAGACAAAUCGCACACACAAACAACGCAAUUACUGUACGAACGACUUCAGAUUCGAAUUCAAAUCUUGGCAAAAUCUUACGUUAAAAAAUUAUGUGCGGACGUAGUUGCUUAACACUUGAACCGGACGAAAUACGCAAGGCAACGGCAUACAAAUCACCAACAAAGUCAGAAGAUAAGCCUGCCAAAUGGAAACAGCCAGAAUGGCGAAACGAAUACAAUUGCGAUCGAGAGUAUAAACCAUCACACAAUAUUGCACCAACCGAUAUUUCACCAGUUCUAAUAUCGGCAGCCCAUUUCGAAUCGGACGAAGAUGAUGUGUGUCAGAACUUCCCUGAGCUGCAAGGUGUUGAGAGUGACAAGAAAGAGGAGCCAAUUGACAGUUUGGAUCAAGUUCUUGUGCCGAUGCUGUGGGGAAUGAUACCAUUUUGGCACAAUCCAUCGUUGGAUUAUCGCAAACACGGUUUGACCACAAACAACUGUCGAUUGGAAUCGAUGCUCGAAUCAAAACUGUACAGACAUGCUUUUAACAAAGGCCAGCGAUGUGUGAUACUUUGCGAGGGUUUCUAUGAAUGGCAAACAACCGAUCCAAAUGCGACGAAACCAUCACAACGGGCCGCUUACUAUAUUUAUAUGCCACAGCCUGAAGGUGUUCAAAUUGAAGUGGAAGAAACGUGGCGAGAGUCGAUGGAAAAUAUGAAACUCCUGAAAAUGGCCGGAUUGUUUGAUAUUUGGAUCAACGCUCAAGGCGAACAGCUCUACAGCUACACAGUCAUCACAUUCGAAUCAGAUGACACUCUCGGAUGGUUGCAUCACAGAUCACCAGCCAUUCUGGAUUCCGAUGAAGCCGUCGCUGAUUGGAUUGAUUUCAAACGAGUUACCGAUACAAAGUAUCUGAUCAGUCUACUGAAACCAGCCAAAAAUUUGCAAUGGCAUCGGGUGUCAAACAUUGUUAACAAUGCACGCAAUAAAUCCGACCAGUGCAACAAGAGAAUUGAAAACGUGGAAAAAGACCACACUCCAAAAAGUCCAUUGAUGAAGUCGUGGCUGAUAAGAAAGUAGAAUAAGACGAAAGCAAGAUAAAUAAAGAUGAUAUUUUAAUAUUGAUUCAUAAUCAUUUUUAUAUUAUGAAAAAUUCAA